AUGAGCAGGAUUACUACCGCCAGAGCAGCCAGGGGCAGCUCCCCAUCAAAUGGAUGUCGCCAGAGAGUCUGGCCUACAGAAUGAGCAACGAGAAAACGGAUGUGUGGUCGUUUGGGGUGACAUGUUGGGAGGUUUUCAGUCUUGGCACGGUUCUUCCCUAUCCUACCAUUGACAAUAGAGAGCUUCUCGACUAUCUGGACUGUGGGCGAAGACUCUCCAAGCCCCGUCUUUGCAACCAACAUGUGUAUGACGUCAUGCAGCAGUGCUGGAAGAUGCAACCGGAAGAGCGACCGGCAUUUUCAGACAUUGUAACUCUUCUUCAAGCAACACCCACAGACGAUCCCUCGGAACCAAAUAGGCCAGCUCGUACCUCCUCCUCCACCACCAACACACCUCACCCGAGCUUGCUUUGCUCUGUGGCGAAACAAGGAACUACGGUGCCUACCAGUAGAGUGGCGUCGGACGCAAAACCAGAGAUAAGUAAUGCAGACGAAGAAUACGUUGAAAUGUCGUGUAACGAGAGCAGCGGUCAAGGGGUCGUGCUGAUCGCGGCGGGAAACAGCUCUAUUGCCGCAAAUACAUCGAGUCCACAAUACCUCAACGUGACCAUGUCGGAUGAGAGUGGAAACGUGAACAAGUCACCAAACAACAGGACUGACACUCCAGACAAACGACCGUUUGGCGAUCGCUCAAUCCCUGCCCCAACACCCAACAACCCAGAAGAUAGUUCUUCCUGCGCUACCAAAGAAGCCACACUAGCCACAGAAUCUAAAAAGGAUACCCCAGCUGCAGAGAAAGGCGAAGAAAACUCUGGUCUCCUGGACUCAAUUAUAAACUACUUUCAAGAGAAGACGAUUGGAUCACAAGAAAGCCUCGAUAGAGACACAGACACCGACUUUCUGACCACACAGAUGAAAGAGAUAGAGACCACUUAUCGGUCUAGGAGUGUGUCCUCGCCAUCGUAUAUGACAUCAUCAUUACCUCAUAGCCACACCCACCACCAAUCAUCAAGAAGUCAGAGCACAACAGAACGAGGAUUGCCGUCAAAGUUCGCUCCAUUGGUAGAGUCUGCUGAAGAAUUAGCGACGAGUCCUUACACAAGAAUCAGUAUCUAUGACGAGUGUCCCACAACGCCAAAUGUUACAAUAACAUUCAAAACAGGUGAACGCGUGACGCCAGCUGAGACAAUCUUUUCAUUUUCACGCGACAAUUCCUCACAAGCAACGGGAGAGAAUGCCAGGCAGCAGCAGGACACCAAGGUUGAGGCUAAAAAUGGCGGAGAGAGCAAGCAUCCCGGGGUGGACGUUGCAGAGAAGGCGAGAGUUGGAGGAAGCAGGAUCAGCGUCGUGUCGAUGCCGGGUGGGACUAGAGAGACCGAGACAGAGGGAGGAGGAAGAUGGAGAGGGAGAAUGAGGGAACGGUUUUUCAGCUACUCGGCCGGCGAUUACGUCAAGAUGCAUCCCAGCUCCACAUCAACACUAACCAACACU